AUGCGCGCGCUGGCCAAGAUCCCGUGGCCAGCACCCGAGCCCGUGGACUUGCUCGCCGAGUUUGGUGCGACACUCGUGGGCGACGUCCCGGCCCGCCCCGCGCCGGCCUCCACAUUGCACUUUGAGAGCAAGCUGCGGCGCCUCCAGGCGGCCUCGCCGUACACGCGACCGGUGGUCGCUCGCGAGGUCAAAGAACCGUUGACACCUGCGCAAAUCGCCGCGAGGCGCGUGCGGAACUUUGCCCGCGAGCACUUGGCGAUCGACUUUAUCGCGUCCAACCAAAAAGAUGCCAACGCGCAGCAAACGCUGGGGACGCAAGGCGCAGGGUCCGAAGGACACUCUGUCAAUGUAGACUUUGACCUGCAAGCCUGGCUUUGCGACGCUAACGCGUGCGCAGUUGACCCGCAAAGUGCACUACUGCACGCGACCGGUGUCGUUGCACCGAUACCGCCCGUCACUUCAACAACGACGUCGCCAGCUCGCCAUGUACCUUUCUCGCCAAAGCACAAGCGGGCAAGUCCGCGGCGGUCGCCAUCACCACCGCCCAAAGCCAAGCUCCCAAAGCCAUCGCGCGAGCCAGACGAGGACAACGACGAGAGCGCGGUUGACGAUAUCCAAGACGUCGAGUACAUACCGCCGUAUGAUCAUUUGAAGCCGCAAGACGUAGCCACCAUGCAGCACAGACCAGCGAGCACGUCGCCAACGCGAGAGCUCCGCCGCGCCAAGUCGUUUCACAUUGCCAAGUGGCUCACCAAACGCAUGCGAGACCGGGCGUACUCGAAAGAAAUGGAAGACCGACUCGCGGCGACGCUGACAGCCAACGUUGGCGGCGGCCUCUGGCAAGACCAAGUCGCGUCCCAACUCGCAACGGCCAUGAGUGCCGACGUCGUCUACGGCGACGGCAGCGACGGCAACGCCCGACCGUUCGCUGACGACGCCGCAUCACUUGCGGCCGUGCUUGAGCGCGAGUGGAUUGACACGAAAGCGCGGGAUGUCCACGACCGAGCGACCACCGAGUAUGCGCAAGGCCAUGUGCCCGAAGCGCUCUCGAUCCUGUCGGCUGGCGUCGCGCUCCUGCAGGCGACGACUGCGGCCACCACACACAAGUCGUCUUGGGGCUUCAACUAUACGCUCGAGGUGCAUGCCAAUGCAAGCCUUCUUCAAAUGUGGUAUCGUCGCCGGUACCUGCGCCGGGCCGGCGCGGCCUUGCGACUGCAAACGGCGUGGCGAGGCUUUCAUGGCCGACGACGCUUUCAGCGCCGCCUGUGGCGCCGGCAGGCGAGUGCGCUGUACAUUCAAAAAUGGUGGCAUGUGCACACCGCCGACAAGGAGGCGAUGCGCCUCCGCCUACAGACGGCAGCCCGGCGAAAGCUCGCACGGCUCCAAGUGCGGCGCAUGCGCAAGGCCAACACGAUCCUGCGGGCGAGCAUCCAUGCCUGGCUACUCCGCGCCCUCGCACGCCUGCGUCUUCGUCGCGCGGUCCGCGCGGCAACCGCCAUGCAACGUCUCGUUCGCGGCUUCCUCGCGCGGCGAGCGGUCCUGCGCCUGCGCGACCGCAUUCUCCGCGAGGAAGUCGCGCGCUGCAGCCGCGAAGCUGACUACAUCCGCCGGUUCACGGCGAUCCGGCUCGAAGAUUUCACAUUGUUCCUGCAUCACUCGGGACAGCGCCACGUACGCCUCCUCGCACAGCGCCUCAAGGACGAGGCCGCGGCGCGGAAGCGAGCGCGCGCGCAUUGGCCUCCUGCCGCCAUGCGGCGUGCGGCGCUCGAAGACCUCUUUGCCUCGUACGACGUCGAUGGCUCAGGCACGAUCGACGUCCACGAGCUCAAGCAUCUCUUCGACGAGCUCUGCAUCCCGCUGGACAAGGCGUCGCUCGAGCAGGCGAUUCGCGUCAUGGACACGUCUUGCAAUGGCAGCGUGGACGUUCAUGAGUUUUGCGCGUACCUCGAGGCGCCGCCCCAAGGCGCGUCCAACACUGGUCUCUGGCAGCUGCACGCGCAACUGCAGCUGCAGCGCGUCGCCAACUGGUUCACAUCUGCCACGUUCAAGAACGAAGCGACGCGCCGCCUCUUGUACGACGAGACCCAGCGCCAAGAGAGGCUUCUCCUCGCUGAGUUUCGCGCGACAGACCCGCCGCGCUUUGCCUGCCCCUACUGCGGCGCAGCCUUUGGCCUGUACUUGCCCUUUUGGCGCCAUACGAAGCAGCGACAGUGUCCCGCCACGUCCCAUGACCGGCUCCACGCGGCGGAUAUAACCGAGGACGAAGACGAUUUCGCAGCGAUCGAGCAGGCACUAGUCGACGCACGGCUUGUCGAGGUCGAGCGCGACGUCGCUCUGUACAUGGCAACAGCGCCUGGAAAGGCCGACCUCGCCGCCGACGCUACGCGCCUUCAGACGCGCUACCUCGCGCUUCGUCAACGUCGACGGUGUCGGCAACUAGCGCACGACAGUGAUGCCGUUCGAGAGCUCUACCACAGCUACGACAUGGGCGAAACCAACGCACUCUCCGCGUUGCUGGUGCCAGAACUGCUAGCCGAUGUGGGCCUCGGCCACGCGGAGCUCGCCGUGCAUUUUGCCUCGGCGCACGACGUGACACUGGACGAGAUGUGCAAAGCUGUACGACGCGCCUUUGUCUCGCUCUCGUGGCGGACGAGGCUGCAGCAGCUGCUCCCGUCCUUUCUCUUUGCGGCGUCGCGGCGGCAGCGCCGGCUUCGCCAAGCCGCCACCUGCCUUCUUUUGCGGGAGAAGGCGCUCGCUGAAACUAGCGUCCGCGCGGCCUUUCGGUCGGCGCACCCUCCCCUGGUCGUCUGUGCAGCGUGCAACACAGGCUUGUGGCAUGACGCGCGGGGUCACUUGCAUCUCCACGAUGACCGCUUUCACGAGCGCGACGUGUCCUACCGGCACCGCCGGGACGCUCGCAUCAACUUGACAGCGACCACGACAAGCCGCUUGGCACAGCUCGCGCAACUGUCGCAGGACGCGGCGCGCACGCAAGCCAUGCGAAAGGCCAUGCGAUUUUGCAAGCGCAAGGAAGGGCGGCGCGCGAUCCACGCAGUGACCAAGCACCUCUGCACGCAGCUCGAGCGACUACCCAAAAGCGCCAUGAGCGAGCCGCGCCGGCUUCUCGAUGUCAUUUUUCCGCUCGUUGACGUCGACCGAACGGGCUCGAUAGCUGUCGUGAGUGUCAAGCCAGUCCUGGCAUUCUUGCAGUACAGCACGAAAGCCGUGCCGACGCUGCAGCCCACCGAGCGGGUCCCUCGCUCUACCGUCGAGCUAUGGCUACAUACGCUGCCGCCGCCCAAGGCAUCCGCGUUGGCCUCACUAUGGCGCCACCGACGCGCGACCGCUCUCGCGACCCACGUGGUGGCAAGCACGUAUCUGCAGUCGGGUGCGACUCUGGACGUCGUACCGCAUCGCCACGCAAGCGCCUACAUCAAGACACCCAUCGGGCGACAAGCGAUGGCCGACGAAGAAGCACUCUUGUGCGCGCUGCAAAAAGCCACAUCGUCCGACCCAACUGCGCUUGUCCUGCAGCGGUUCGACUUGGAUCGCUCGCAACGUAUUCGUGUCGACGAUCUAGCCGCCAUACUCUACGUCCUCGGUGCCGCCAAAGCCAAAGCAGCUCGUACGGUCUUUAUGAUCCUCUCGGCGGUGCCGCCGAUCGACCAUCACGUGCCCGUCGACGCGCUUCGGGCGUGGUUGAACGCACACCCCAUUCGACACGUAGUGGGGCAUCACUGGCGAGCGCGAUGCGUGCGCGCUCGCCUCGCCCGCGCCGUCGUCAUGGCUCGGUAUGAAGGCAGCGUGGCGCCGGUGGCACCCGACCACAUCUCGCGCAAGCAGCUUCUCGUCGCCAAGUCGGAGCAGUUUAGCCACAGCACCGUUGGGCGCGACGCCGUGCGCGCCAAAGUCUUGGAGCUCCAACAACUGGAAAAGGCUUUUGUGGCGUCGACCAACGGUGUGCGAGGCCACGCAUGGCGCCGGGCACGGGCGAGCUUCCUCUUUCGGCUCUUUGAACGAGGCCACGUUGGCGCCAUCGAGCUCGUCGACGUCCCGUGCGUGUUGCACCACCUCUGCCACCCGCUGCACAAUGAUCCCGACCUCAUGACGCGCAUGUGUCGAUUCCUCAACUUGGAGGCGACGAGCACAAAUACGAUCUCGGAGGCGGCCUUUCAUCAGUGGCUCGACACGGACGCUGGCCGAGCCCCCGCGCGGCGAUUGCUUCUCGCAUGGCCGCCAUCGACAAGGGCCCUCGCUACUGCAGUCGUUUGCUUUGAGCAUCGCAGUGACCUUGGUCAGCGUCAUGAAGAGAAUGAGGGACUACCGCUGCACCUCGUGGGCAAGGCGGAUGCCUACUGCGCCAGCGUUGCAGGGCAGCACGCGAUCGACGAGGAAGAGACGCACGUUCAAGCGCAGCUGGGUCAACAUCGGCGAAAGGCACGCCGUCUUGCGGCCCACGAGCACAAGGUGGCGUACGCCGCACUGCUCUUUCAACUUGUGGACGUGAGCCACACGGGCCGUCUCGCGACCGACGCGCUCUCAACACUGCUCGGCCUCUUGCAGCUGCCCAACGACAUGCCGUAUGCACGCUCCAUCACACGCGCCCUUGGCAACGUGACCGGCACCGUCGACGAGUCUGCGUUCGUAUCAUGGUACCGCGAUACGCUGGCUCAACAGCCGCUGCGGACGCGUCUCUGGGCUGCCCUACGGCGGUCGCCCUUGCGCGCGAUUGCCACGGCUGUCGUCGCCGCGCGCUACCGCCACUCGCUCCAGGAGCAAGACGCUACGACGAGUUGGGUUUAG